CGGAAACAAAAGAGUCGUGCGCGUUCCCAGUUGAAAGGAACGAGCCGACAGGCCCACACGCAGUUGACCUCGACGAGUCCACGUCCAGUCCCGCCAUUGUCGCCUGUCUGGCUUUAUACAUCUUGUUCCGGGCAAGACACGUCGAUCCUCGCCCUCUUCGGUGUCUCCGAUUUCUCGUUUCUCCGCCGCUUCUGAAGUCGCUCUCCGGCGAAACCAAACAGAUUACUGGAGCAAUGGACAACAAGUUUGAUGCCGGUAGCUGCAACCGAUUAUGUGAUCUACCUGAUGCACUGCUCCAACACAUCCUUGGUUUUCUUCCUUUAAAAGAUGUUGUGAGAACGAGUGCAUUGUCGAGAAGGUGGGAGUACAUGUGGGCGUCGGUUCCUAAUCUCAACUUCAAUGAGUUAGAGUUCCCCGAUAGAAUGGAAUUCUUGGGCUUUGUGGAGAGGGCAUUGUUGCUUAGUGAUUCAUCCCCUCUGAAAUCUCUCUCUCUCUUGUGUUUUGUUGAUCGAGAGGCAUCUCGCAUAAAUUCUUGGAUUACUACUGCCAUAAGGCGCAAGGUUCAGAAGCUCCAAGUGUGCCUUUGUUUCCAGACUGAGCCGGAUAUCAAUUACAUGUUACCAUCACGCACGUUCAGGAGCGAAACAUUGACAGAAUUCUGUCUAGCAAUGCACUGUCAUGUCAGACUUCCUUCUUCAUUUUCUCUUCCGAAGCUAAAGGUCUUAACUCUAAUGGAAGUUACUUUCGAGGAUGAUGGUUCAAUCGAAAAGCUGCUUUCAGUUCCUUCCCUUCAGACUUUGACUCUUCAGAAAUGCAUCUGGUGGCAUCUCAAAGCUCUGUAUAUUUCUGCUCCGAAGCUUUGGCGUUUGUGCAUCAUGGAAAAGGUAUUUCCUACGGAUAUCCGAAGCAAUUGCCCAGUAUUGAUUAAUGCACCUAAUCUCCUGUACUUUCGCUAUAGUGGUGGGCUCUUCUCUGAGUAUACCAUAUCUGGCGCUUCCGUGCUACUUAAAGCUCUUGUCGGAGUACAUGAUCCGGUCGAGGGAAUUUCUGACCAGUUUGCCUCUCACACAUAUAAGCUUUUGAAGGAUCUAUCUGUUGUAAAACAUCUUACUGUGACUUACAACAUCCUUGAGGAUUUCAACUUGAGACAGAAUUUCCUUGACUCCUUCCCACUCUUCUCUUGCCUUCUAUAUUUGGAAUUCAACUCGGGUCGCGUAAAUUUAGAUUGUAAAGCACUUGUAGCAAUGCUCACCAACUCUUCUUCUUUGAUCAGCAUUUAUUUUGGCGGGGGCUUGCUUGUGGACUCCGGAAAAGAUGAAGGGAUAUUGGACCCAGCGCCUCGGUGUUUCCUGUCGUCGCUCCAGCAGAUCACAAUUUGCAAAUUUGAUGCCACUGAUAACCAACUCUUAGCCGUGGGUAUCAUGCUCAGGGCCGCAAAGGUUUUGGAUGAGCUGUGCAUUAACUGCUCAGAGCAUUGCUCGGAGAAUUUUUCAGGACACCUUUUGCAACACAUUAUGGAGCUUCCUAGGAGCUCACGUCAAUGUACUAUUAGGCUAGUCACCUAGAACUUUUAGUGCAUUCGGUUCAGUAGUCGCCUUGUGUACUUACCUAGGACUUCUUGAUCGAUUGUAAUUACUUUAGUUUGCGAUGCGCAGUAACCAAUCGAAAGUUUAAGCAUGCUAAUCAUUUUGUG